AUGGUCGGCCAGGUGGCAAGUCGAAUGUACGGCACCGACAAGUACUCGGACACGGAUCUCAAUGACGCUCUCGAGGCUGUUCCCAUGCUUAUCUGCAACGUCGUCAGGUUUCUGGCAUAUCUCUGGCUGGUGGUUAGCACACUGCGGGCGACGUUCAAGACCCAAGGCAUUGCUGGCAUGUCCACCGUGCUGUUGUUGUCCAUCUGCAUCAAGCUAUGGAAGAGGCAACCGUUCAUUCAGCACAUGAUCAACAGUCACGGAGGGAGAUACUUCACCCAUGGUAAUAGGUCGAGUGAUCCCUAUUACCGCGAGGCCGACGACAUUGCCAUGAUGGCUGAUGACAUGCAAGAAGUCAUCUUCUUUGGCAUCGGUGAUUGGAUACUCGCUCGAUGGCAACAAGUCAAGCUCGCUUCCAUCAACCUCAGUCGCCAAUUGCCCGACAAGAACCGUACCGACAUCACCCAACUCGAUUCAUUGUGGAGCUUUGUCUUCCAGGUUGUGGUCUCGACCCGACUCGUUCCCUCCGCCAACGUUCUGAGUCAGCUCACUGUUCACAACGAUGCCGUCGGUCACCUAUUCGACACCGUCAUCGAGUUGUCCGGCUCGCUGGCCUUGGUGCGAAAUGUCAGCUGCAAACUCGCAGCCUUUGGGGCCGCCAUCGACUGCCAGGGUCUGGAAGACCGACUUGGAAUCGACUAUGAGAGGCGACGAGAGCCUGGUGGCAUGCGAUUCGAAUGUCGGGAGCUAGCCGUUACACACUCGGGCUAUGAUACUCCAUCGCUUCACGGUAUCAACCUGACCAUCGAGGCUGGUGAGACAAUGGCCCUUGUCGGGUUCAAUGGUAGUGGAAAGACGACGCUGGCAAAGGCCCUUCUCGGCAUGCACACGCACAGCGGCACCUUGCUCAUUAAUGGCAUCCCCAUGCAAGACUACAAGCCGUCGUCACUUCACGCUCGAAUGAGCUGCAUCUUUCAAGACUUCAAGAGGUACGCGACGACACUGCGCAACAACGUUGGACUGGGCUUUGUCUUGUGCAUCGACGACGAAGAUGUGGUGAAGGACGCAAUGUCAAGAGGCGGUGCCGAUACCAUCCUCGCCGACGGUAUCAAGCUCAACACCAAGCUCAGUCGUAUGACGAAGAGUAGCUCGGCGGGCAGAGGGGACAGCACGGACGGUCGCGGUCUGUCCGGCGGCCAGUGGCAGCGCAUCGCGCUUGCUCGGACUUUCAUGCGCGCUGGUUCUGCCGACUUCAUCGUCUUUGACGAGCCCUCGUCUGCGCUGGACCCGGCUGCCGAGGCCGAUCUGUUUGACCGCAUCUACGACAUGGCGCAUCGCGAUGGCAGCCAGACGACGACCGUGUUCGUGUCUCACGGCUUUGGUAACGUCCGUCGUGCAGACCACAUCGCAUUCAUGGCCGGAGGAACCAUCACCGAGUACGGCACCCACGACGACCUCAUGUCACUCAAGGGCGAGUACCACCGCCUGUUCACUCUCCAGAGUCGCGGCUACGUUGGCGACGGGCUUGGUGAGAAGGCCGGCGAGCCAGUCGGAGACGGCAGUAAGGUGAACGAGAAUGCGAAGACGACGGCUGCAAGCUUGGCCCCGAACACCGACGCCGAAGUCAUCACCAAGGUCGUUGACAGUAUCCCCGCUACUACAACCUCGAGCUCCUCCACCAGCGUCCCUUCACUCCUCCACACCCCCACCGUCACCGAGGACGAAGGAUCUCUGCUGAUUCGCGUCGAGUCGCUCAACGCAGACACGGCCAUGCCAGAGUCGCCCAUGCUCCCGGCCGAGGUUUGGGCCGUUGGGGGUGGUGAGACUGCUGGAUGCUAA